CUUCAAACGACACUAUUUCCGCAGUUGUUCAAGUGAUCACCGGCUUAAUUCGCUGUUACGUACUAAAACUUAUAAAUCAUGAGCAAAAUUGGAAUCAACGGAUUCGGACGUAUCGGACGUCUCGUCUUGAGAGCAUCAAUCGAACGUGGUGCACAGGUCGUUGCUGUAAAUGACCCCUUCAUCGGGUUGGACUACAUGGUCUACAUGUUCAAGUAUGACUCAACCCACGGUAGAUUCAAGGGCACCGUCGAGGCAGUAGACGGAUGUUUGGUUGUAAACGGCAACAAAAUCGUCGUAUUCAGCGAACGCGACCCCAAAGCCAUUCCAUGGGCCAAAGCUGGCGCUGAGUACGUCGUCGAGUCUACUGGAGUCUUCACUACCAUUGACAAGGCUUCAGCUCACUUGGAAGGUGGCGCCAAGAAAGUUAUCAUCUCCGCACCAUCUGCAGAUGCACCAAUGUACGUUGUCGGAGUCAAUCAUGAAACCUAUGACCCAAGCAACAAAGUUGUGUCAAAUGCCUCUUGCACAACCAACUGUCUUGCUCCACUGGCUAAGGUCAUUCAUGACAACUUUGAAAUUGUUGAAGGUCUCAUGACUACUGUCCAUGCAACAACUGCUACUCAGAAGACUGUUGAUGGACCAUCUGGAAAGUUGUGGCGUGACGGACGUGGUGCUGCCCAGAACAUUAUCCCCGCAGCAACUGGUGCCGCAAAAGCCGUUGGCAAAGUUAUCCCAGCGUUGAACGGAAAACUCACUGGUAUGGCAUUCCGUGUCCCAGUUGCAAACGUAUCCGUCGUCGACUUGACAGUCCGUCUUGGCAAACCAGCCAGCUACGACGCAAUCAAGGCCAAGAUAAAGGAAGCCGCUGAGGGACCACUCAAGGGCAUCUUGGGCUACACCGAAGACGAUGUUGUGUCAUCAGACUUCAUCGGUGACAACCACUCCAGUAUUUUUGAUGCCAAGGCUGGAAUUCCAUUGAACGACGGCUUUGUCAAGCUCAUCUCUUGGUACGACAAUGAGUUCGGUUACUCUAGCCGUGUCAUUGAUCUUAUCAAGUACAUGCAAACAAGAGAUUAAAUUUCACCAUCUUAAAUCUUGAGAUGAUUCAUCAGCAGUCGGUUAUUAUUAUCGAUACGAUGGAUUGUCAUUUAAAUGCAGCGAUGAUGAGAGUACGAUUAAAAAUUAGCCGUAGAAAAAAAAAUAAAUGAAGAGAGAAAGAAAGUUGGGCGAGAUGCAGGUGUUUAAAAAGCUUUUCAUCAUCAGUUAAUAAUAGAGUUGAUAAUAAUAAAAUAUAUGGAAAGCAUUCUUUUAAAUCAUCAAAGUUCAAAGCAGUUUAAUUAAUAAUAAAUUAUUAAAUAUUUUAUCAACUAUAUUUAAUUACAGUUGAUUUAAAUCACAUCGAUGCUGUUCAAUAUGUAUUUCCUAUCGUCGUUGUUCAUCGAUAUUUCAUUUUUAUUUUAAAAAUCAAUAAAUAUCAACUAUAAAUUAA